AUGAAAACAACUAAUUUAUGGGAUUUUUUACGUUCGUACAUUGGUGAAAAAAAUGAUCAUUAUUUUCUUAAAGCAAUGAAGUAUUAUUAUGGUAAAGGUAAUUUUACUAUUAAGAACGUUACAACAACCCGGGUUAGUAUAGACAUAAAUCUUCAGGAAAACAAUGUCACCAAUGAAACCAAUUCAAUGAUAUGUGAUACAUUCAAGGUAUAUUGUCAAACCUAUUGUUAUACCGAAGGAUUCUUUUUACCUUCACAAUUAAAAAUUAUUAGUAAAGCCGCAAGUGAAGAUAUACUUGACCCGUUAUUUAAAUGUUAUUUGCAUAUGGUGUUUGAAAUUAAACCACCGGAAAGAAGUGAUGAUAUGAACCAGGAUGACAAGCUCAAGGUGGAAAACGCAACCUUAGUGCAUAAUCAAGCGCCAAUAGCAAUUGAUUUUUCUAAAAAUGAGUCACAAGAUUAUCCAAAACAAGUAGAAACAAUGACUCUACAAAAUGAAACAGCGGCAAUAACUGAGGAUAUUCCUAUAAAGGAAAAUGACACUAAAAGGAAAUUACAAGAGCAAUGGUAUAAAGAAUUGAAAAAAUACAAUGACAGAACUUUUGACAUACCAAGUAAGUUCAAUCUUUAUCUAAGAGAAUUCUGGAAAAUCCUUAUCGAAACAGAGAUUGGUAGAGAAUUGAGAGAGAGGGAAAAAGAUAUUGAGAAGUCAUCUAAUCCUCGAAAAGUAAUCGGAAAAAGAUUGAAUCGGUUCGAAAAAAAUGCUCAAGACAAUCAAAUAGAAAUGAUUUAUGAUUCCGCAAUUUUUUAA